GACGUAUGGAGCCUGAAAAAAGCAUGGAAGGUUUUCGUCAAAAAUAAUCAAUACUUUCUCGAUGUUGUCAAAACACUGUAAUUUUCAAGGAAAUUACUGAAAAAUAAAUACAAUUCUUAUUAAACGUAACUUAACCUUUCUAUACGAGUGUAAAAUAUAAAUAUUGGCCUAACCUGUGUAAUAGGUUAAGUAUAUUUUUUCUGUAGUUAUCUUUAUUAAAUUGAAUUUAUAGGCCUAAUAUGCUAUAAAAUAUUAAAAAUGAAGUGUCACUACGAAGUAUUGAACAUUGCUAAAGAUGCUACUGCCUCGGAGAUCAAGACAGCGUAUCGGAAACUGGCUCUGCAGUGGCAUCCAGACAAGAACUUAGAUAAUUUGAUCGAAGCUAAGGAGCAGUUCCAACUGGUUCAGAAUGCAUACGAAGUGCUGUAUGACCCUCAGGAACGAGCUUGGUACGACAACCACAGGGAGCAGCUGCUGCGUGGUGCCGGCAGCUCGUUUAAUGAUGACAGCCUGGAUGUGUUCCCGUACUUCACACCCUCAUGCUACAAGGGCUUUGGGGAUGACCCUCAGGGAUUCUAUGGUGUUUACUCAGAGGUGUUCUCAAAAUUGGCCGCCGAAGAGACAGAUUUCCUGGAUGACCCAGAGGAGGUCAAUAAAAUACCCAAGUUUGGGAACUCCAGCACUCCAUACGAGGAGGUUCACGAGUUCUACGCACACUGGAUGUCCUUCUCUACUGCUAAAAGCUUCGUAUGGCUGGACCAGUACGAGAUCUCUCAAGGCGACAACCGACGGGUCAUCAAAGCGAUGGAGAAAGAGAACAACAAGAUCCGCCAGAAAGCUCGCAAGGAACGCAACGAGGAGAUACGCAGGCUCGUGAGCUUCGUGCGACGGAAGGACAGAAGGGUUAUUGAACAUGCCAAAGUGCUGGCUGAGAAAGUCGAGGAGAAUAAGAAAAAGGCUGAACAAAUGAGGCGAGACCGAAUACUACAAAGACAGAAAGAGAUAGCCGAAGCCAAGAAGAAAGAGGGAGAAUCAACUUUCCUCCAAAGCGAGGACUAUCAGAAGAAAUUGAGCGAAAUAGAAUCGCUAUUGGCUGAAGAGUUCGGAAUAUCUUCGGAAGACGACACCAUCAGCGAAGGAGGUAUGGAGAGCAGUAACGAAGAGAGCUCUAAUAAAACUGAAGAUCUUGCGAGCGAACCAUCUAAAUCCACACCGAAAUCGGCCAAAAAGCCGGCCAUCAAGAACUUGUACUGCACCGCAUGUAGCAAACUGUUCAAGAAUGUUAACUCAUUCGAGAACCACGAGAAUAGUAAGAAGCAUAAAGAAAACGUAGCCAAUAUGACCAUGGAUGACGAUAUUCCACUGAGUGACGAAGUUGAAGAAGGUAUAGAUGAUGAAGAAAUUGUACAUAAACCAGAGGAUCAGGAAAUGGCGGCUGCUUCAGAUGUCAAUGGACAGCUGGACGAAGAGAAGGAGAAUUUAGGAAAUUCAACGUCAGACUUUGAUGGGGAUGUGCGAGAAACACUGAGUGACGAUGAUGACGAUUCUGAUAAAGUCCAGGCACUUCCAAAAAGCCACAAAAAGAAGAAAAACAAGAAGAAGAUAUUUACCCCUCUAGCGGAGAGCGAGGGGAACGACAGCCACGACGAAAUGAGCUUCAACGAAAUUGAAGGACCGUCCAGGAGUAGGAAAGCCAAGAAAUUCAACAUGCUCAAGAGCCAAAUACAGGCCAAGAAGGAGGCAGAUCUCAAGAAGGGCAGCCAAUCACAGACUUCCACAGAGAAUCUCUAUGAAGUGUCCAGUACAACCCCCACUGAUGAGGUACUGGGCGAUGUCAGCGCACUCCCUAAAGACAAACAAUUCCCUAGCAAAGUGCAAAGAAAUGUGAAGACAAAGAAGCAAGCAGAUAGGAAACCUUUAAAGACUAAAACGGCUGAUGGAGACGACCCGGCUCCUAUGAUACUUCGCUGCGCCAUUUGUCAAUCAGACUUUGGAUCAAAGAAUAAAUUAUUUGAACAUUUGAAAAAGACAGGACACUCUGUCCCACUGCCUCAGACCAGCUCCUCACAGGCUACCAAGAAAGGUAAAAGAGGAAAUAGAUAAAUGUGCAUUUUAGAUAGCUUGCAAUGUAUUUAAUUAUGUGUAAAAUGAAUGUGAUUUUAUUUAACUCUAUACACAUUAUUAAAGGAGAACUUUAUCAAGUAAUUUAUUGAAAUUAUGAUCACUGUCAUUAAAGCCUAAUAAAUUAA